AUGCAUCCUACUAAUAAUCGAAAUUCGACAACAACAUUUUCACCCCAGAAACCUGGUAAUCUGGUUUUCCAUCACAAUCUACAAUCAACCAUCAAGCUGCAAGAGCAGCAAAUUGAUCAAGAGCCUCUCCUGAAGCAGAUUGAAGUGGCAAAGCAGAAAGCCAAGUUAUUGUAUGACGAAAUAAUCAAUGUCAAAAAUCGAACGCAAGACACCAACUUGCAAAGAGCAUCUGUAAACGUUGCAACAAUACCCCGAGAUUCAUGCAAAUUAAGGCUAUACAACACCUUGCGUGGGCACCAAAAUAAAGUAGCAAAGUUGUGCUGGAAUGCAGAUUCAUCAAAGAUAUUGUCAGCAUCUCAAGAUGGCUAUAUGAUUCUUUGGGAUACAAUCACUGGAUACAAAAAGCAAGCUAUUCAACUAGACAAUCCUUGGGCUCUCACGUGUAGCAUAUCCCCAAAUGAAAAACUAGUGGCUUCCGCUGGAUUGGACAACAACUGUACCGUAUACAAGAUCAAGCCCGAUACUUUAAACAAUCCUGUUCAGAUACGGCAACAAUUUCGAAGCAAUGCAUUCCCGAUGCAAACUGGAUUUUUUCAGUCUGUUCAAUCAAUUUUCAAAAGCCACACAGCAUAUAUUUCGGAGUGUGAGUUCAUUGGCAAUAACUCUAUCGUCACUAGUAGUGGCGACAUGACAUGUAUGUUAUGGGAUAUCACAAAGGGGUCCAAAUCUCGUGAUUUCAUCGACCAUGUAGGAGAUGUAUUGUGUCUUACUGUGUUCCCAACCAAUAUUUUGCUGAACAACCUCUUCAUCAGUGGAUCUUCAGAUGGGUACGCUAAGGUAUGGGAUUUGAGACUGCCGACACCAACACAAAGUUUUAGUAUUUCCAACAGCGAUGUUAAUUGCGUAAAAGUGUUCCCGGAUGGGAAUGCAUUUGCUGUGGGGUCCGACGAUGGUCAGAUUAGAUUAAUUGACCUCAGGAGUGACUGUGAGCUAGCUCAUUAUUCAUUGAACAUGGAGAUUAGAAGCAUGCAGCCUUUUUACGGGAGCGGCAGCGGCAUGGGCAUCCAAGCGAUAUCACCCACUACCCCCAUGGACAGAAAGACGUAUCCGCUUGGAAAUAGCUACUCGAUGUUGACUCCGUCAAGUGCACAGAUGAACGCGUCAUUAGCUUCUAGCGAUGGAUUUAGCAUAAGCUCCCGAGAUUCAACUUUGGAGAAUUCUGGUGUAUUCUCAUUGGAUUUUGGAAAGAGUGGAAGGUUGUUGUACUCUUGCUACUCAGAUCAUGGGUGUGUUGUGUGGGACACUUUAAAAAACGAGGUAAUCGGCACUUUGGGAAGCGAGCACUUGAACAAAAUAAGCAGAGUAACUGUUAGCCCUGAUGGUGUUGCAUUGGCGACAGGCUCAUGGGAUUCAACAAUAAAAGUAUGGAGCGUAUAG